CUUCCUCAUCUGUGCUCCUCUUUUUCUCCUCUUCCUCUCCUUCACAAUCCCCUCUCGCUUCCCAUUCUCCGGCGAGUUCGCCGGAGAUCGUCUUCGCCGCCGGCGUGGAAUCUCGCCGUCUCCUGAGUACCUAGAUCUUGUUCUGUCCGAACCAAAGAGCUUGAUCCACUAAAACCGAGAUGGAUGGUCCUAAAGAAUCAGCCGGUCUCAGAACCGUUGGAUCGCAUUGCUCGCUCUCCGAGAUGGAUGAUUUCGACCUCUCUCGGGCCUUGGACAAGCCGAGGCUCAAAAUCGAGCGGAAGAGAUCGUUUGACGAGAGGUCAAUGAGCGAGCUCUCGGCUAGUUACAGACAUGACAGUAUCCACGACAGUACCUAUUCCCCAGGAGGGCGAUCGGGAAUUGACACGCCUCUCUCGUCGGCUAGGAACUCCUUCGAGCCACAUCCAAUGGUCGCCGAGGCUUUGGACGCUCUUCGUCGGUCCAUAGUGCAUUUCCGCGGCCAACCUGUCGGAACCAUUGCAGCCUACGACCAUGCCUCCGAAGAGGUCUUGAACUACGAUCAGGUGUUUGUACGGGAUUUUGUACCGAGCGCACUCGCGUUCUUGAUGAACGGAGAACCCGACAUUGUGAAAAACUUCUUGCUGAAGACACUUCAGCUUCAGGGCUGGGAGAAGAGGGUCGACCGGUUCAAGCUCGGUGAAGGAGUUAUGCCCGCGAGUUUCAAGGUACUUCACGAUCCUGUCCGGAAGACAGACACGAUAGUAGCCGAUUUUGGAGAGAGCGCCAUCGGAAGUGAUUCUGGUUUCUGGUGGAUCAUCCUUCUCCGGGCAUACACAAAGUCCACCGGAGAUUUGUCUCUCGCUGAGACACCGGCUUGUCAGAAAGGAAUGAGGCUUAUACUAUCUCUCUGCCUGUCUGAAGGUUUCGAUACAUUCCCUACAUUGCUUUGCGCCGACGGCUGCAGUAUGAUCGAUCGGAGGAUGGGAGUGUACGGUUAUCCGAUCGAGAUCCAAGCACUGUUUUUCAUGGCGUUACGGUGCGCGUUAGCGAUGCUAAAGCACGACGAAGAAGGCAGAGAGUUCAUAGAGAGAAUUGUGAAGCGUCUCCACGCAUUGAGCUACCACAUGAGGAGUUACUUUUGGCUCGAUUUUCAACAACUCAACGACAUUUACAGGUACAAGACAGAGGAGUACUCGCACACGGCGGUGAACAAGUUCAACGUGAUGCCGGAUUCGAUCCCGGAGUGGGUGUUCGACUUCAUGCCGCUGAGGGGAGGCUACUUUGUUGGAAACGUAAGCCCGGCCCACAUGGAUUUCAGGUGGUUCUCGCUCGGCAACUGCGUGGCCAUCCUCUCGUCCCUGGCCACGCCCGACCAGUCAAUGGCCAUCAUGGACCUCAUCGAGGAGCGUUGGGAGGAGCUCGUGGGGGAGAUGCCCCUCAAGAUCUGUUACCCUUGCAUUGAGAGCCACGAGUGGCGCAUCGUCACUGGUUGUGACCCCAAGAACACCCGCUGGAGCUACCACAAUGGCGGGUCCUGGCCAGUUCUGUUGUGGAUGCUGACAGCAGCGUGCAUAAAGACGGGAAGGCCGCAGAUAGCGAGAAGGGCGGUGGAUCUGAUAGAGGCGCGCAUACACAGGGAUUGCUGGCCGGAGUACUACGACGGGAAGAUGGGAAGGUACAUAGGGAAGCAGGCGAGGAAAAACCAGACAUGGUCCAUAGCCGGUUACUUGGUGGCAAAGAUGAUGCUCGAAGAUCCUUCGCAUCUCGGCAUGAUCUCUCUCGAGGAAGACAAGCAGAUGAAACCUGUUCUCAAGCGAUCUGCCUCCUGGACUUGCUGAAUCGAAUCACUCUCUCUUAAAUGUCAUUGAUGUUACCUUCUUCUUUUUCUAGUCUUCUUUCCAAGACACUUUCUUGAAUGGAAAAAAUGCGUCUGCGUCUGCGUC